AUGUUAUGUCCAGAAAUAUCCAAUUUUCCCUUGCCGAAAGUUAUAACAUGUAUUAAGGAAAACGAAGACUUUGAUUUCAUACAAAAAUCUAUAAGAAUGAACAAUUUUUAUGAAAGUGUUAUAUUGACUUGUCCCCAUGAAAUGAAUGUUCCAAAUACGGUUCAAGAAAAAAUAUUAGAAGACAACGAGUACUACCGAGUCGAGAGCUGUUCAAUCACCGAGUUUCUGGUACCAACAUUUAUUGAAAGUUUCGUUAAAAACGGACGUCUCUACUGUUUAUCAGUUAACAGAAAUUGUAUCAUAGAAAAUUGUGCUGCUAUUACACCUGAAGGAAUAUUAACAUUACACCUUCUAAAAUUUGUUUAUCAAUCCUUAGGUUUAGAAGGUACUAAACGAAACCAUGACUUUUAUGAAAUAGAAUUGGAUUUAAAAAAAUUAAGACACAUAGAUAAAUUUCAUUCAAGUCUCAGUAAACUUGAACCAUUUGACUUCAAUAUUCUUUGGGAGCCUAAUAAUGUCAAUGUUUGCCCAUCAUCCAUUGCUAAAUAUUUUGAUGAUAGAGGAGUAAGUGUUGCACUUUCUCCUUUAGUGGUGAAGAAAAUCAGUUCAACAAUAACAGAGAUCCCAGUUUUACAGGACGUCCCUAUCAAUGAAAUGCAUGAGUGGAUUGGAAUGUUGGCACACAAAGUUAGUAUGGAUCAAAAAGAAGCUUACAUCAGUUCAUAUGAACAACCAAAUAGUGAUAACGCUUUAAGAUCAAAUAGAAUAUCUAUUAUCAUUGUAAAAGGCUUUUUUACACCAACUAUCAUAGAACAAGUGUGCCAAAGCUUGACUGAAUAUGUAUCUACUAAGGACAUUAAACAUUAUUGGGCAUCAUGUUCCUUCCAAAGUUGCGAUAAUUGCCCUUGGCGAUGGAAAAUGUCUUCGCCAGUCAUGUUUCAAUCUCAUGAUUGUUCAUGUAGUAUAUUUAUUACAAAUAAAAGUUUUAAAAUGUAUUCUAUUGGACAAUUAAAGUAUUCAUGA